AUGGAGCAACUCGUAAAAAAGAUUUGGCCCUGGAUCCCGAAGGGAUCGAUCACUUCCAUCGACAAAAAUGCACUCAAGUCAGAGCGCCCAACCUUCACUUGCAAUGACGAGACAAUCAACUACGCGACGUACCAUCUAUGCGCCUACGACCCCAUUCUGGGGAACCUCCUUUGCGUCGGGGACAAUGUGCCCGUCGUUGUGCUUACGUGCGGUCGUCGACGUGCGGUACUGCCAGUGCGAAAAGGGCUGCGAUGGCUAGACGUUCAUAUAUUUGCCGGAACUUCGAGCUUUCUGUUGUUGUCUCCAGAGUGUCUACUGCUUGUCGACUUCACAAGACGCCAUUCCCCCUCCACACUUUUUUCUUCUUGCAAAGCUGGGGCAUUGUUUGCAUGUCUCCAUGUUCCACAGGGUAUGACGUGGGGGGUAGUUGGGUGCCGAGGUGGAUCCGUCAUGUAUUGGAAACUGAAGGAGGAGGCGGGCUCGGUGAGUUUGUUUUGGGCUGCAAUGGCAGCUGAUCCACUUGAGUUUUGUCGUCCUUUUCUUCCGACUCCAAUGCCUCCAUCGUGUGGGCAUAUAUAUUCUAUAGACUCCAACCCGACGAGUCCAAAUAUCCUUGUGGCAGUGCUCUCAGGGGUCAAUGGGGUCUGCAAGUGGCACAUGGAUGAAAAUUGCUUGAGUGGCUUCUACCGUAUGCCGAAUCUCAAUACAAGCAUGUCUCUCAAGGCUUGCAGGAUGACCCCAGGGGGGGUGUAUAUCGUUGCGAUCACAAGUGAUACUUCCACUCUGUUCAUAUGGUCCGAUGGAGGAAAGAAGGCAAAGAACAAGUCUGUGGAGGUAUUCUGGACGUUAAAGACUGGAUGUCGCUUACCUUUUUCUCCUGGGAAUAGUGGCAGAGAAGAAGUGAACGAGAGCGAGAUUGAGGAUGCACCGUGUGGCAUACACAUUGCACGUAGCGCUGGCUCCUCUUCGCAGGCGCAAUCGGACAAAAAGUGCCAAAUGCAUCUUCUUCUCCACUCUGCGGGGGAAUUGGUGGAGCUGGUGCUUGAUGUGGAGGGGAGACAGCUUCUCCAGAGAGAGGACCUCUUGGCUCAUGUGACUGCAGUAAAGUUGGAGCCCCCGCCAGCGCUGGAUGUCAAGGAUGCCCUUGCCGUGAACUGUGUUGUUCCGUGUUCUCGUUCUAAAUAUUGGAGGGGUAUGUGGACAGAAGGGGACUUGGACGUACUCCUUAUGACAACCCGCACUUAUGGGCCGCUCUUGAUACGGCGGUGCCGAUUAAAACGGAAUGUGGAAAGUAUUGACAAGUUGGAGGAAAUUCCACGAGGGGCGGACCCAUCCAUUGGGAUGUUGCUUCUUUACCCGCCGUUGGAAACGUUGAAUGCUAUAUGGUCGUCGGUAAGGAACAAUAAAAGUGGUUCCAAUCACUGGCAAGAUGUCCUACACGGUAUGGAGUUAGCAAAACACUGCAACGUGCAGGAAUGGGAUGGUACUCUUUUGGUUCUUGGCGUAUUCUCUGAUGUACCAACUGUGGGCGUUUGCCUACUUCCUCUGUCCAAUGAGUGCAUUCCUAUACCCACUGAUGUCAUGGAGCAACACACGGCGUGGUUGAGCCACGUCCCUUCCCGAAAUGACAGGCAAUUGGUGAUACUCGAGCAAGCUAUACCAGAGCCACCGCGCAAGACAGAAAUGAUAUUGCGUGUUGUGGUAGAUGAAGAUGCAGUCGUUGUAUUUGUGACGCAUCUCUCAUUGGGUAUUGUUGAACCUCUUUUGAACCUUUCGAGAGAGUGUCUCAUGCCGGAUAAAGCUCCUGGUGGAAGAGGGGAUGAUGAUGACGAUGACGAAGAGGUCCCUUUGGCGCGAGCUGCGGUUUUGAUCAAUUGCCGUAUUGAGAAUUCCGGCGACGCAGCGUCAAGAUUCCAGCUGCUUUGUGGUGGAUACAGCAUACUCCUCCAGCUGCGCGAUGCUUCCUUGGUGCUUGUGAGCCUAAGCGGUGCAGAGACGGGCGAGGAGGGUUUUCCCCUCAUGGUGCGUUAUCCAUCGGCUCUUUUUCCUGCUCAUAGCACUGUGGCGUCGUUUGACACGGUAUGGAUUGAUUUCCGAGGCUCUUCCAUUGAUGCAAAGUUGGGUGAAACCAACGGGACGUGCCUGGCACUUCUCUGCGCUUUGUCCGACCAGAAAGGCGUGGUCGUAUGGGAUAUGAGCCAAAUGCGAAUUCUAUCUUACUACCCAAACAAUGGAUGUGAUGAAUGGCGGUGCAAGACCGUUAUCGCAUGUUCUCAGAAAGAUUAUUUCAGUGAAGUGUUUGCGGGAGUAAUGUGUGAAAUUGUUCUGAUGUCGACCACCAGCAGCGGGACGGUGGCGACACACGGGAGCGAGGGGGUUGUUUAUCUACGCGACGUGUUUGGUCGUCUGUUGCUUUCAUUGCGUAUUCGCUAUGCUCCUAAUGGGUCGGAUACCUGGUUUGUGAAAAGGGACGACGGUGAGGCUGAGUGGUAUUCGAUUCCCUCCGUGGGGACUGUGGAAUUGCGCUUCUGUGUGCGAGUUGGAAAGGGCCAGGCGAUGCUGACAAGAGGGGUAACACAUUCUCUCGGGGAGACAUUGGUGCCGUCUGCUCCCAUCGCCUUCGUAGAGGCAGGGCCGUCCUGGCUGUUUGGUGCCCUCGAGUGGCAUUCACGUGAAAAUUCAAAAGGGAGCGAGGAAGAGAAGGAUGCGAUGGCAGCCCCAAUUUCUCCAUACACCACACAGCGUCCAUGCGAGGAAGCGACCGUAUUAAUUUGCGGUGAAAGGAACGUUGAUUUCUUCACCGCCGCACGUCUGGCAACAAGUGAGAGUGGAAAACCACCCGAGUUUUUGUGCCAUUGCAACUUUGACCACGUCAUUGAACACGUGGUCGUUUGCAAAUUAAUGGACGCAGUGCUUGUUUUGACGAAGGACGCCAACGGAUGGCGCUGGGUUAGCGUGCUGGAUUUGCAUACCGCGCGACGGUUGGCGGAGUCCAAGGUAAUGAUUCCGUUCUCCCAGGAAAGGGAUCUCCGCAUCCACCCUCUUCCCGUUGAGGGGGGCGACCUCCACGUGUACGUUGCUGGCCGGGGCGGGGUGCUUGGUCACCUUGUCUUUUCUGCCGUGGGCGACGGGGUAAAAAGUUUUGGUUCCCGCUCGGGUUUUUUUUUUGCGGGACCGCCCUGCGCAUCCACGCCAUCGAGUUUUCGAGCGUACCGACAGCUUCUUCCGCCGCCACCCGCAAUGAAGCAGGAACAAGGAUUUUUGAAACGCCUCAUGACGCUUCCGUGGGAGGAAAUGGCCCUGAAAAUGGAAGAACGGCUUCAGGCGGGGCGACCGGAAUCAUUUGAAGUCCCCCGCCACCGCCUGGCGCUCCCCGCCGGAGGUGGAGACCCGCCUUCGCCUUCGCCUUCGCCAACCCCAACGACCGCACCCCGGCAACCCGCUCCGGCGCAGGAACGCGAGGGAAUGUGUUCGCGGGGCCGGUACGCUGAAAUAAAAUCCACUGCGGCGCGGGAAAACGUGUCACUGAACGAGGCGAGGCGAAUUAUGAAUGAAAACCAAGCUCGGCUCCAGGAUCGCGGGGAGCGGAUUUCUCAAAUUGCAAACCGGUCGCGCGAACUCGCGGAGGAAGCUGCCAAGUUUCAGGACCUGGCGCGGAAGCUCAAAGAAAUGCAGAAAAAUCGCUGGAUAUAG